AUGGUGGACGAUCUCUUUCUGGAUAGGGUGGAAAUUGUGACGCCAAACACGCUCUCCAACCUGACCGCCAUAAUCGACGUGGUUGAUUUCAACUGCACAAGGCCCGAGCCUGUAUAUGGCGAACUGGCGUUGCUUGACAUCUGCCAGUCAUUACGUCAACUGCUAUCAGCGGAACAUUUUGAGCGUUUCGCACAGGGACUAAAGCUCUGGGCCACGACUGCCGGCUUACAGAUUCUGUAUCAUCUUCAGGAAAGGCCGAUAGGUGUGAGCCAAUAUGAAUUCAUCCGCCGCCAUACAAGUGGCGCGAAAUCUUGUCUAGCGUUGGCAGAUGCAUCGAACUGUGGCCCCGUUAGUCCAGAGGAGUUCUAUCGACCGGAUGUGCAAAGAUUUUGUCGCUAUACGAACAAUAUUAUCUGCUUGGCAAAUGAUAUUCACAGUUUCAUUGUUGAGGCACGCCAACCGGGUCAGUUCUAG